UUCACACGCGGUUGACGCCCGGACUCCCAGCCUCCUCGGAGUCGCUCCUUUUCCCUGCGCGUCGCCGCUGGAUCCAUGAGGUGGACGCGUCCGUGAACCGGUCCCUCUGCCUCUUAUCACAGGGCUUCAGCCAAGACCGCGGCGGCGGCGGGGCAAGUCCCGCUGCUCCCCCACAGUCUCCACCGCGGAGGACGCUGUGCAGGCGGGCGCCGCCCAGGCGGGGUCAAAGGCCGGGAGGGUCCCUCGGACCCGGGCUUCGGCUUUCGGAGCGGAGGCGCCGGGGGGAUCGGCCCAGGUGGGAGUGGUCCGCGCGGGUUCUGCGCUCGUGGCCGCCGCUCCGCAGCCCCCGCCCGCGGGCAAAUCCGGACUCGGCGGGUGGAAACGCCCAGCGCCGCCGGCGGCUCUAUCCGGGGGAGGACUCUCUCCUCUAUGGCACUCGCGGCGGCGCUCUAGCGUCGGAGCGUGUUCUCCACGGCUCCUUCCGGCCCUGGCCGGAAGUGACGGGCCGUGCCCCGGAAGCACGCUGGGAGCGGCCGCGGGACUGGCGGCGCGAUGGCGGCAGUGGCAGUGUCGGAGGCCUGGCCGGAGCUGGAGCUGGCGGAGCGGGAGCGGCGGCGGGAGCUGCUGCUGACGGGGCCCGGGCUGGAAGAGCGUGUGCGGGCGGCGGGCGGGCGGCUCCCGCCGCGGCUCUUCACCCUGCCGCUGCUGCACUACCUGGAAGUGAGCGGCUGCGGGAGCCUGCGCGAGCCGGGCCCGGGCCUGGCGCAGGGCCUCCCGCAGCUGCACAGCCUGGUGCUGCGGCGCAACGCGCUGGGGCCCGGCCUGAGCCCCGAGCUCGGCCCGCUGCCCGCGCUCCGCGUGCUCGACCUGUCAGGCAACGCGCUGGAGGCGCUGCCGCCGGGCCAGGGCCUGGGCCCCGCCGAGCCGCCGGGCUUCCCUCAGCUGCAGAGCCUCAACCUCAGCGGCAACCGGUUGCGCGAGCUGCCCGCCGACCUGGCGCGCUGCGCCCCGCGCCUGCAGACCCUCAACCUCACGGGCAACUGCCUGGACGCCUUCCCGGCCGAGCUCUUCCGCCCCGGCGCGCUGCCCCUGCUCAGCGAGCUGGCGGCCGCCGACAACUGCCUGCGAGAGCUCAGCCCCGACAUCGCCCACCUGGCCUCGCUCAAGACGCUGGACCUGUCCAACAACCAGCUGAGCGAAAUCCCGGCGGAGCUGGCCGACUGCCCCAAGCUCAAGGAGAUCAACUUCCGCGGAAACAAGCUGAAGGACAAGCGGCUGCAGAAGAUGGUCAGCGGCUGCCAGACAAAGUCCAUCCUGGAGUACCUGCGCGGCGGAGGCCGGGGCGCUGCGCGGGGCAAGGGCAAGGCCGACCCGGAGAAGAGGAGGGAGCGGAGGAAGAGGGAGGGCGGGGAGGGAGCGGAGGAGGAGGCGGACGCAGCCUGCCGGCUGCUGCUCAGGGUCCUGCACGUGUCCGAGAACCCAGCCCCACUCGUGGUCAAGGUGAGCCCCGAGGUCAAGGACGUCCGGCCGUUCAUCGUGGGGGCUGUUGUGAGGGGCAUGGACCUGCAGGCCGGGAACGCACUCAAGCGGUUCCUCGCCUCUCAGACCAAGCUCCACGAGGACCUCUGUGAAAAGAGGACAACGGCCACCAUCGCCACGCACGACCUCGCAGCGGUCCGGGGGCCCCUGCUGUACACCGCCCGCCCUCCACAGGACCUCAAGAUCGUGCCCCUGGGGCGCAGAGAAGUCAAGGCCAAGGACCUCGUGCGGCAGCUGCAGCUGGAGGCAGAAGAGCACCGGAAGCAGAGGAAGCGGCAGACGGUCUCGGGCCUGCACAGAUACCUGCACUUACUGGACGGAAGUGAGCACUACCCCUGCCUCAUGGAUGCCCAGGGCGAUGUCAUUUCUUUCCCACCGAUAACCAACAGUGAGAAGACCAAGAUUAAGAAAACGACUUCUGAUUUGUUUUUGGAAGUAACAAGCGCAGCGAGUCUGCAGGUCUGUAAAGACAUCAUGGACGCCCUCAUUCUGAAAAUGGCAGAAAUCAACAAAUACACUUUACAAAAUAAAGAAGAGGGCUCUCUCUCAGAUGCGGAAGCUGACGCCGCCCCUGGGCAGCUGUCGGACCCCAGUGCUGAGAAGGGGGGGCCCUGCCCGCUGGUGGUAGAGCAGGUUCGGGUGCUGGACGAGGAAGGGCACCUGAAGGUGGUGUACCCGUCUAAGACGGACCUGGACUUUGCUGCAUCCCACGUGACCGUGACCCGCUAAGAAGUCAGGCCACAGCGGCGAGGGCCAGCGAGCGCAGCAGACGGAGCGUGAGCUUUACUGCUUCUGCGGGGCUGCUGUGGGUUUGAGACCCCUCGUAACACUUCGCCUUGGCCUUGGCUAAGGCACCUGCACUCCUUGUUUCCACAAGGUUUUGUCGUAGAGCCGUGCCACGUGUCGUGCUUAGAUUUGUCCUGCCCACGGCUCUUACUGAGUCUUUUUAUAAAGUCAUUCAAAUAGCAGAUGUCCUGAAAUCAUGUAGACACACCAAUGACUGUUCAUGGGGAAAAAGCCCUACAGUUGGAUUGAAUGUUCGGCUCUAAAUGCAGAUGCUGCACAACAUGCAUUUCAUUGAACUGCAUAGUUAUUUUUCUAUGAUGUCGCAUCUUUUAAAGUCACUGCCAGAGAAACGUGCAGCGAGUCAUGUUCUCCAGCUUGCAGUAAAUCAGAAUCCUUUUAUAAGACAAUUUUUUUAGUGAAUUUCUUGAAGUUGCUGUAAGAUGUGUAAGUGGUGGAGAUGCAUAGAGCCUUCUAGAGGCAGCAGCACCGCCCGGCCACGGGGCCGGGCCGAAACAGGAGAAGAAUCAGUGGGCUUCAAAAAUCACUGGGAGCGAACAGACAGCAGGACCACAACUCGGUGGAACUCUGCAAGUUUCCCAUCGCGAAAUCAGCUUUCAGGGCCCGACAGGACGGCUCUCUGCACAUCUUCAGCCGUCGCCAGCAGCUAAACCACGGACGGAAUGUGGGGAGCAAUGACUGCAGAGGCCUGAGGUUUCGAAAGCAGAAAUCCUAAGGUGUGCGUCCCACAACUGCCUCUGCAGUAUUUCAUCCUGUAGCUGUCUUCCGUGUCACAGACCGUAGACCGUCUGUGUGGAGGCACACACGUACGUGCCCCUCCCUGGAGCCAGGAUGUUCCUGGGCCCAGAGAGCUGGCCAGCUGUAGAGUUGGUGCUUUUGACUGACCUCACUGCUUUACGUUCUGGCUGAAAUGUGAGCAACUGACUCCUCAGCUUUUUGUUAUUUAAUGACACAUUGGUUCAGUGGUUUCUGACCUGCAAACGACAAUUUGUGUUUUGUCAUUUUGUGGGGAAGCAUUUGGAAGAGCCCCGCUUAACCUGUGCAGUUAACCAUCAGAACUGCAUGUGGAACGUAUGAGCAAAGCGGCGUGGUCCCCCAGAGCUCAGCCACCCCACUCGGCAGGACUGCCUCGAGACCCUGACCUCGCUCUCCUGUCACUGCCAAGGUCUCCUGUCGCCCAGGCUGAAGCUUUUCUUUGUGCUGUGUCCCCCCAUAUUAUGUCAUGACCCUUGGCAAUCGAGGCUGCUGAUGCUGUAGCUGGUGUGGGAUCUGCAGGUUACAGGUGAGCCCCGCUGGGAGCUCCGGGCUGGGGCUGCAGCCAGCGGCCCUCUUGCUCCUGGGGCUUAGGGUUCGGUGGCCACAUUGUGUCACAUCUUGGACCUGGAUGAAGCCACCAUUGCCUGUAGCUUGUUUGCUAUGGCUUGAUUCCGUGUGAAAUUUAGAAAAGUACUUGGCGUAUGACAGGAACCUGACAUUUUUUCCAUGCCAGUCCGACUCUCUAAUAAAAACACUAAGAACACCAA